CUUGAAAGCAAGGGAUUAACACUCAACAAUAACCUCUGGAUGAAUGGCACUGUAAUAAUUGAUAGCACCGUGGGAAAGGACACAUUCUUUCAAUUCACAUGGGAGAAAGAGUUUCCCAACAUUUCUCUCUGGGAUCCCAAUGGAACACAGAUGGAAAAUUUCACGGUGGACACUCUUUUCAAAAUGGCCUAUCUCAGUAUUCCAGGAACUGCAAAGGUGGGUGUUUGGACUUACAGUCUUCAAGCCAAGCAAAACUCAGAAAUAUUAACGAUAACAGUAAACUCUCGGGCAGCAAAUCCUUCCGUGCCUCCAAUCACAGUGAAUGCUAAGAUGAAUAAAGACACAAACAGCUUCCCCAGCCCAAUGAUUGUUUACGCAGAAAUUCUACAAGGCUUUGUACCCAUUCUUGGAGCCAAUGUGACUGCUUUCAUUGAAUCAAAUAGUGGAAAAACAGAAGUUUUACAACUUUUGGAUAACGGUGCAGGUGCUGAUUCUUUCAAGAAUGAUGGGGUCUACUCCAGAUAUUUUACAGCUUAUUCAGAAAAUGGCAGAUACAGGUUAAAAGUACGGGCUCGUGGAGGAACAAAUGCUGCCACACGAAGCUUAAGGCGUCCACUCAAUAGAGCCGCAUAUAUACCAGGCUGGGUAGUGGAUGGGAAAAUUGAAGGGAAUCCAUCAAGACCUGAAAUUGAUGAGGAUACUCAGACACCCUUGGAGAGUUUCAGCAGAACAGCAUCCGGAGGUGCAUUUGUGGUUUCAAAUGUUUCAAAUCUUCCCUUGCCUGACCUGUACCCACCAAGUCAAGUCACAGACCUUGAGGCCACCCGUGAUGGGGACAAUAUCAGUCUAACAUGGACAGCACCAGGAGAUGACUUUGAUGUUGGAAAAGCUCAACAGUACAUCAUAAGAAUAAGUGGAAGUCUCCUGGAUCUAAGAGACAAUUUUGAUGACGCUCUGCAAGUAAACACUACUGAUCUCUUACCAAAGGAGGCCAACUCCGAGGAAACCUUUGCAUUUACACCAGGACGCAUCUCAGAAGGAAAUGCAACCCACAUAUUCAUUGCCAUUCAAAGUGUGGAUAAAAGCAAUUUGGCAUCAAAAGUAUCCAACAUCGCGCAAGUAGCUUUGUUUAUUCCUGAAGCAGAUUCCAGUCCCGAGGAAAAUUCCACUGGUUCUGGAGCUAACGUUUCUCCAUUUGUGUUGUUGGUGUCUGGGUCUGUGGCAAUUGUUAGUAUUAUUUCAAGUGCCACCAUUUUUUAUUAAACAAGAAAAAAAAUUCAAGCAGACCCAUAGCAAUAUUUUUAAAAACAACAACAAAAGUGAAAGAUAUUUCUGAAUUUGAAUUCAUCCUGUGUGAUCACGAACUCAUCAAAAUAAUUUUAAGAAUUCUAAGAAGUAUACUUUGAUGAAAUAUAAACAUCCAGGAGUAUUUGAAAAAUUAUAAAUCAAUGUUACAGUUUAUUUACACAUUAUUUUG